UAUUUUAAAGACCGUAACUCAUUUAAUUUAGUCAAAAAGUAUAUUUUAUCCUAUUGGUUCACAUCUAACAAUACACAGCCUUAAAACGCUCACGUUAUAAGCACAUAACUUUUUCUAACCUAAUCACAAAAGCACUACUUUAUAACUAUAGAUUUUUUUCAAAAUCAAAUCCCCAAACUCGUCCAGCUGUCGCCCAUAAGCGCGUCUGCAGGCAAAUACAUUAAAAUCGGGAUGAUUUUGGUGUGUUUUAAACAUCAACAAGAACAAAUUCAUCUCUUCGUCGUGAGCGCGCACCGAGACAGACAGCCGCGCGCUCCCGUCUGAGCAUGGAUGCGUGUGAGCGUGCGCGCGCGUGUGUGUGUAGCAGAGAGGAGAGCCGAGCAGGCAGGAGAGGGAUUCCAUCCAGAGAGGAGGAAGCACAGCAUCGCUACGAGUGGACACGCUGAAUGAAGACACCCGCCGAGGAAGACGAAGAAGAUUGAAGGACGGAAACCAGACGGGUCAGAGGAGGACUUUUCUGCGUGAGUCAACGUGCACGUGACGGGGGCAGACCCUGGUGAUGGUGAGGAUGAUGGCCAGGGCUCGCUUGCUGAUGCUGGUCUUGCUGGGACACCUCGCCAGCGCUGUGGAGGUCCCGCUAGACCUGGCGCAGCCGCCCACCAUAACUCACCAAUCCCCCAAGGAUUACAUCAUUGACCCCCGGGAGAGCAUCGUCAUUCACUGUGAUGCAAAAGGGAAGCCUCAUCCCAGUUUCUCCUGGACGCGAAACGGAAGCCACUUUGACGUGGAGCAGCACGCCAACGUGCACAUGAAGUCCCACUCGGGGACGCUGGUGGUGGACAUCAGCAGAGAGAGGGCGGAGCAUUACGAGGGCGUGUACCAGUGCACGGCCAGGAACAAACACGGAACCGCCGUUUCCAACAACAUUGUGGUGCGACAGCCGAUUGAAUUUUCCAUCUUAAGAGCGCUACUGAAAGGGUCGCCCCUGUGGUCCAAAGAAAAGAUCAAGCCAAUCGUCAUCCAGGAGGGCGUGUCCCUGAAGUUGCCAUGUCGACCCCCUGCCGGCUUCCCCCCUCCCAUCGUCUUCUGGAUGGACAACAACUUCCAGAGGUUGCCUCAGAGCAAGCGGGUGUCCCAGUCUUUGAACGGAGAUCUCUACUUCUCCAACGUGCUUCGCGAGGACUCGCGCAACGACUACAUCUGCUACGCCCGCUUCCCGCACACGCAGACCAUCCAGCAGAAGCAGCCAAUCACCGUCAAGGUCCUCGACCUGGAUGCAAUCAAUGACACAAUGGCAGCUUUUUUCAAUGACACUGAUUUAUUUAGUGAGGAGCCAGUGGAUGAGCGGAGGCCCACGUUCCUCAUCCCGGCCGUUCCCUCCAGCUCCAAGAUGGUACUCCGUGGCCACGUGCUGGAGAUGGAGUGCAUCGCGGAAGGACUGCCCACUCCUGACAUCUCCUGGGCCAAAGUGAGCGGCGAGCUCCCAGCCACACGAACGUCCUUCCUGCACUACCAGAAAACGCUCCGUGUGGUCAACGUGUCCGAAGCGGACGCCGGGGAAUAUCGCUGCACCGCCAGAAACCGGCACGGCACGGCGCACCGCACCGUCCACGUCACCAUCAAAGCUGCUCCAUAUUGGAUCAGCGGCGCUCCCAGGAAUCUGGUCCUGGCGCCAGGAGAGAAUGGCGUGCUGACAUGCAGGGCCAGCGGGACGCCCAAGCCCAGCAUCCGGUGGGCCAUGAAUGGCAUCCCCAUAGACAAUUCCCCAAAGGAUCCCAGCCGUAACGUGGAGGACGAUACCAUCAUCUUCAGUGACGUGCAGAUGGGCUCCAGCGCCGUGUACCAGUGUAACGUCUCCAACGAAUACGGAUACCUGCUGGCCAACGCCUUCGUCAACGUCUUAUCCGAGCCGCCCAGAGUGCUGACGCCGGCCAACAAAGUCUACCAGGUGAUCAAGAACCACCCGGCCUUGAUGGACUGCGCGUCCUUCGGCUCGCCCGUCCCCCAAAUCACAUGGUUCAAGGACAGUCGUUUCGGCACCCUUGAUGCUGAAACGCACAACGUUCACAACAACGGAACUUUAGAAAUCCACGUCGCUCAGUCCAGGAAUAGCGGCAAAUAUACCUGCGUGGCCCAAAACUCUCUCGGUAUUUACGAGAAUCACGUCCACCUGGAGGUCAAAGAAGCGACGCGCAUCCUGAAGCAGCCAGAGUACCGAGUGAUCCAGCGGGGAAGAUCGGUGGCGUUUGAGUGCAAAGUCAAGCACGACCCGUCACUGGUGCCGACGAUGACCUGGCUUAAGGACCACGGAGAGCUCCCCGAUGAUGAGAGAUUCAUCGUGGACUCCGACAGCCUCACCAUCACCGACGUGACGGAGGGUGACGCCGGCGUUUACACGUGCAUCAUGAACACAACUCUGGAUCACGACUCCGCCAGCGCCGAGCUCACUGUUGUCGAGGUGACCCCCAGGCCGACUGUUGUCAACGAACGACCCGAACCCCCGACUGACCUGGAGCUGACCGACCAGAAAAAAAGGAGCGUUCAACUCACGUGGAUUCCCGGGGAUGAGCAUAACAGUCCUAUUCAAAAGUUUGUGAUCCAGUUUGAGGACACCCUCCAUCACCAUCGAGGUCACUGGCACAAUCUGACAGAGGUGUCAGGAAGCAAGACCACAGCCCACCUCAAGCUGUCCCCGUACGUCCACUACACCUUCCGAGUCCUGGCCGUCAACUCCAUGGGGGUCAGUCAGCCCAGUUUGCCCUCCAAGGUGUUUAAGACGGACGCUGCAGCUCCAGAUGAGAAUCCAGCAGAUGUGCAUGGAUUUGGGACAGAACACGACAAUCUGGUCAUUUCAUGGAAGCCUCUAUCAGGUCUGCAGGCUAACGGACCAGGUCUGCAUUAUCGAGUGAUGUGGAGACAGAAGAUGAUGGACAGCGAGUGGACCGCUGUGACCGUAGCGAACAACUCCAAGUUUGUGGUGUCCGGAACGCCCACGUUUGUUCCGUAUGAGAUCAAAGUUCAAGCGGUGAACGACUACGGGGCGGCGCCCGAGCCUGCCGUUGCCCACGGUUACUCCGGUGAAGAUCUGCCGGUUUCGGCUCCAGACUCGGUGCAGGCUUACGUGUUGAACAGCACCCUAGCGGAGGUCCACUGGGUGCCCGUCCCUCCCAAACUCAUACGUGGAUACCUGAAAGGAUAUCACGUGUACUACUGGAGAGAGCGCAGCCUCCACAAAAACAACCCCCAUCACACGGAGAAGCAGAUCCUGACCCUCAACGGGAACCACAGCCACGCCAAGCUGCCUGGCCUGCAUCCGUUUAGCCUCUACUCCUUCAACGUCAGGGUCUACAACGGCAAGGGGGAGGGGCCUCCGAGUGCCACCCAGCAGUUUGAGACGCCAGAAGGAGUUCCCGGAGCUCCUUCCUCCCUGACUGUCACCAACACCAACGUAGACUCUCUGAGCCUGGACUGGAAGCCUCCUCAUGAGCGCAAUGGAGUCCUGACGGGCUACACCCUCAAAUAUCAGCCAGUCAAUAGCUCCAAUGAGCUGGGUCCAGAGGAGGAGCUGGCCCUGGCCGCCAAUGAGACUUCGGUCACUUUGCUCAACCUCAAGUACAGCACGCGCUACAAGUUUUAUUUGAAUGCCAAAACGCACAAAGGAGUGGGGCCGGCCGUUACGCAGGAAGCGCUCACCAUCAUGGACGAAGCACUCGUGACUGAUGCGGAUGACGACAUGGGCGCGGGCCAGAGCGCCCCGACGGCGAGUCCUUUCGGGAGUGUUAAUUCCUCCGUGGGCGAGGACGGGGUCCUGAUCAGUUGGGAGUACUGGGGCCCGGAGAAAAGCAUUUCUUUAGAGUACAUAGCGGACAACAGUGAAGACCAGGUGUGGCAGAAAAAGCCGGUGAACGCCUCUCACAGCUUUGUGCUGAGGGGCCUCAAGGAGGGUGUGUCCUAUAGGGUGCGCUUGGCGGCCAAAGGUCUGGCCGAGCAAGAGCCCCACCGCUCCAAGGAGCUCGUGGUGACGGUACCAGCCGUGGCCAGCAGACAGGUGGACAUCGCCACGCAGGGUUGGUUCAUUGGCCUGAUGUGCGCCAUCGCCCUCCUGAUCCUCAUCCUGCUCAUCAUCUGCUUCAUCCAGAGGAACAAAGGAGGCAAAUAUCCAGUCAAAGAGAAGGAGGACGCUCAUACAGACCCGGAGUUCCAGCCCAUGAAGGAUGAAGACUGUACUUUUGGGGAAUACAGUGACAAUGAGGACCAUAAACCUUUAAAAGGGAGCCGCACGCCAUCGAGCGGGACGGUUAAGCGAGACGACAGUGACGACAGUUUAGUGGACUACGGGGAAGGAGGUGAUGGCCAGUUCAACGAGGACGGCUCCUUUAUCGGCCAGUAUAGCGGAAAGAGUGCCAGCCGGGAUGCCGUCGAGGGCCCGGAGAGCUCGGAGGCGCCGUCCCCGGUUAACGCCAUGAACUCUCUUCUGCCCGCUUUUUAGUGGAAGCCGUGUAAAACUGAAAAACAAUACAUAGGUACAUUCAGGUAUGCUACACAUGACGAUAUGAGCAAUGGGUACUGAAGUAAAAUACGAACAAAUAUGUCAUCAAAUGUAAAUAGUAUCAAUGGAAUAUCGUACAUAAGGAUAUAAAAUUCAAUAAACGUACAGUUUGUGCUUGUUCAAGAACAACACAAACGAGGAUGGCUGGAGAUAAGAUGCGACUGUCUCCACCAGACACCGUGUAAACAAAAAUGGCCGAUUCAAAUUAACUUUAUGACUAAACAGCCGACCACAAUUAACACAACCACUAGAGGGUGCCAAAUACACGAAAUAAAUCACAUACUAAUUUGAGGGACAGAACAAACUCUUUUGUGUGAUGCGCACUCGACCGACGUCACAAAGAUCACAAACGAAAUUCAUUUCAUUAAUACGUUAAUAAUUAGCCAUAACCUCUUAUUACUAUGUUCAAAUAGUAAACAAACAUUACCACGUCACUACAAUGCAGUACCUAGUACAGGAAAUAGCCCACACGGCUUUUAAUCAACAGUAGUGUGCUAACGUCACUUAUUUGCUUCUACAUUAUCAGCUAAUAUUAGCAUAUUUGCCUCUUGUUAGCAAGAAUAUGAGCCAAAAAAAUGCUAAAUUAGCUCCUAAUACCGCAGAAAAACACAAAUUUCACGUGUUCAUUCAUCGCCAUUGACGCCUGCCAAAGUACGUAGCCAAACCUCGACUAGCUAACAUCGUGCUAACAUCGUUAUUUCCCGAAAUUACUUGGAAUCACUCACUCAGUAAAUCCAUUUAAUCAAUAAAAAUCGACCUAAAAUCGGCUUAUAUUAAGACACUAAGUUAAUCAUCCAUUAAAACGUUUUUUUAGCCUCCACUGGCUAGCUGGUUUAGCUAGUUGCAUGCUAGGUUAAUUGCCGACAAAUUGUCCACAAGUAUAAAUAUAGGUGUUAAUGUUUGUUUGACAGCCGGGAUAGGCACUAGCAUACCCCCGCGACCCUCGUGAGGAUAAGCGGCAUAGAAAACCAGUUAGCACGAUAGCGAGCAGUAUCACUCAAACACAGUUUUAGCGGUAAGUGCUAAUGUAAAACAUACAAGGCAAGAGUUGGCGGGUUUGCUAGUCAGCUAGUUAGCUUGUUAGCAAGGUUACAACAAUUUUGUGUAAAACCUUCUAGUUGCUAACCCUACUUUUACCAAACGUUAAUUCAGUGUAAAAGUUAAUUGGGCAGUACAUAAACUAUUGCACAAAGCUAAAAGGACAAGGUUUUCCUAGUUAGCGUGCUAAUUCAUGUGUCCGUUAGCUAUGUCGACCCACACUCGGAAAGCUAGUUUGCUAAUGUAAAACGUACAAGGCAAGACUUGGCGGGUUUGCUAGUCAGCUAGUGAUUUAUCAGCUAGCUAGUUAGCAAGGUUACAACAAUUUCUUGUAAAACCUUCCAGUUGCUAACCCUACUUUUACCAAACGUUAAUUCAGUGUAAAAGUUAAUUGGGCAGCUAGCUACUGUAGCUAGCAUCAGCAUCAAAAGGACAAGGUUUUCCUAGUUAGCGUGCUAAGUCAUUUGUCCGUUAGCUAUGUCGACCCACACUUGGAAAGCUAGUUUGCGUUUCAACAGAACUGAGGAGGAAGCCGUUGCAUUUUAGCUAGCAGAACAUAGCCUUGCUCGCUAACCAACAAAAAAAAAAAUGUUUUUUUUAUUAAACUUUUCUUCGGCCUUGAUAGGAUUCCAGUUGUCUUAUGUCGCGAUUGGAACAACAAAGCGAGACGUUAGCACACUACUGUACGUAGCAAUAGCACGCUAGAGAUGCUAACCAUACAUGUUCAGGUGUCAUCGCUCUGGAUGAAGAUGCUGCAUGGCAUGUCAUGUGACCUCCCCGCCUUUCCACCCCCGCCUGCAUGCAACCUUUGCUUAUGGCGCUUGAUAUGAAUGACUGGGUUAGCCGUCACAUGCUAGUGCCUUGAAUUCACACACUACACUCCAUCUUCACAUGAAACAAGCUUGGGCAGAAGAGUGUGGAAUGUGGACAUGAUUAAAUAAAACCCGAAAAAAGUAAAAUUACUCACCCCAACAGACUUUGAAAGGACAAGGAAAAGGUUAUUACGCUAUUCCCAAUUUCACAGAUUUUCAAAAAUUCAUUAACAAAGAAAUAAUGCUAUUUCCUUGUUAUUGUUUAGUCAUAGUUAUAUUCAUAUUUGUGCCACUUUUUAUGCAAUAUUAAGUCAAAACAAGGCAUUCAAAGAGAUGUAGUAUCCUACACUCAUCACAAGGUGUCAGUGCUGUUACACUGGCGAGCCAAUCGCCACUACAGGAAGUACUGUACAGAAACAGGAAGUAACAAAAAAACCCAAGGAACUCUCUCAAUGCUAGCAUGUGAGAGUCGAUAUCUUAUUCUCUUUUAUUUUGUCUACUAUAUUGCGUAAUAGAGGUAUAAAGGUGACUAUAGGGGUGUUAUUUCAUGUCUAGAGGGCUCUAAUUAUGUUCAAAAGUCUAUUUAGAAGGUGGUAAAGAGUUGUUUUUUUUUUUUUACCAAAAAUAAUCAAUUUAUAAAUAAGGAUUCUACUUUUAAGAAGUUCCCUUAUCACGGUUGGGUAACGAAGCGUCUUAAACGAGGGAGUACUGUCUUGCUUUUCCAAAAAUACAAAAAAAAAACAUCUUUAGAGGUUUGAUGAUGCUGGUGUGCGUGUUUUUUUUUUUUGUUGUGAUGUGUGUCUCUUAGCGGGAGUACACGCUAAACUAGCAAACCUGUUUUCAGGAAAGGUGGAUUAUAGAUUUUGGUGCAAAUGUGGGUUAAGGGGCAGGCUGUGCUUUUAUAAAUGGCUUAUAAGGGGUUAAUCAUGUUACAUAGCGUUACAUGGCGUUACGUGGCGCCGCGCAAUGCUACAUGCUGUGUAUUUCACUUGUAUUAUUAUUAUUAUUACCAACUUUGGGUGAAUGAGACGGCCAAAUUCAUAAUUCAUAAUGCUUGCAUUCAAUGUUUUAAGGCCUUGGGGGAGGUCUUGCUCUGCUUAUGUAAUCCUGUGUAGUACAUCCAGGAUGAACGACUGGUACUAACGAUGCUUGACAGCCGUUAACGGGAUCAAGGUUUGUUUUUUUUCUUAACUUGCAUCAAGUUUGACUUGUUUUUUCUUUUUUUUUUUAUUUCCAUAAUCCUUGAAUAUUUGUCUUUGAAAAUUGUAAAUAAAGUUAGAUGGAUUGUACAGACAGCCUUUUUGUUCUUGUGCAUGCUUCAACUUGUUCAUAGAACUGUAUUAAAUACCGACAUGUAGAGAAUAUAUAUAUAUAUAAAUAAUUAUAAAUACAAAUGUGAGCAUUUCUUGCUGUGUAUGAUGUACAUAAGUUGUACUGUGAUACAAAUAAUAUACGCUUGAUUUCCUUCUUUUUUUAUGAUGACCUUAUUUGGUGGCAUAUUUGAUGUAUUAUUUCCAGAUUUCAUAUUGUUUUGUAUUUAAGAUGCAGAUUUGUACUAACACAACAAAACGUUCUCGGUCGCUAUUCAAUGUAUUCUUUAUUGUAGUGCCAGUAUGGA